CAAGACUGUUUGUGGUUGUUGUUUAAAGAUGGAGGAUAGCAUGGAUGAUGUGAAUGACAUAGAUUCCAUUGAAGAUGUUUUUAAGUCAGCUGCUAACUAUGUCCGACAGAUAGGCAGCAGGAUUGGUGCAGAAAAACUUCUGUACUUUUAUGCUAGAUACAAGCAGGUCAGUAAUGGCUUAUGCACCACUCCUAAACCUGGAUUGCUUGACUUUCAAGGGAGACAAAAGUGGGAUGCUUGGAAGAAACUAGGAGAUAUGACCAAGAUACAGGCAAUGAGGGAAUACAUAUCACUUCUGGACAACACUGAACCAGGAUGGCGGAGCAAAUUCUUAUGUGCAGGUGAUGAUAUUAGUAAUGACUAUCAAAGCAAGAAAAGCAACCAAAAAAGUGGAAUGGGGAUCUUUGUCAGCACGAUGCAGUCUGCUGAUGAGGAGCUCAGUGACCAGCAGAAAACCAUUUUCCACUGGUGCCAGGAGGGCAAUGUUAGCAAAGUGAAGGCCAUGCUGAACUCUACAGGGCACCAAAUCAAUCAACUGGACAGCGAGGGUAUGGGGCUUCUUCAUUGGGCAAGUGACCGUGGGUUAGAAGACAUGGUCACUCUACUGCUUGAAAAUGGAGCUGAUGUCAAUCUUCAGGAUUGUGAUGGGCAGACUGCCAUGCACUAUGCUGUGUCAUGUGAACAUGAAAACAUUGUGCGGGUCCUGGUGUCUUGGAAAGCAGACUUCAAAAUUAGAGAUACUGAUGGAAACUCAGCGCUGGAUAUUGCUAGUAGUGACAUGAAAGUACUGUUUGAUAGUCUUGGUGUUAACAUGGGUUAAUAUGCAAUUUAUUUGUUUCUUUUAGAAUUUUUUUGAAAUGUUUUAAUCUUUUUUUGGUGUUUUGUAGGGAAGAAAAUAGAGAAAAGCUGCUCUACAGGUGACAGAUGUGGCUUUUUAAAUAUACGUUUAAGGACUUGCAAAGAACUGGGGUAAAGAUUGAUUUUGUUAAGCAAUUGUAGAUUUUUGGAGAGAAAAUGCAGAUUUUAACAUCAGUUUCAGUGAUCAUGUGUGUAUGUGUGUGCACAGAUUGUGCACAUGUGUCUGCGGAUGUCAGCAUGAAAGUGUGUGUGUAUACAACAUACAUGUGCUUAUUAUAAGUGGUGUCAAUCACUUGCAUGAAUCUCUGUGCACUCUUUAUGCAAAGAGUUUCGAGAUAAAUAUCGCAUGUUUGUGAUGGAAAUCACUAAAAAAAAAUAAAGUCGUGUAUAUGUA